CGUUCAUAUUUAUUUAUAAAAAAAAAGCUUGGGAAGUUUCCAUCGUCCACACAAGCCAACUGCCUAUUAAAACCCGACAAAAUCAACAUCCUCAAACGACUGUCUUAAUUUUAUUUCUGCAAAGACAUUGAAACGUUUGAUUUUGAGGUUCUUGUUUUUGCUUGGUUAACGAUGCAAGUCAUGAGUUCUUCUCCGUCUUUGUCUCACGGCUUUAGUAAGUAUUCCGGAACUGGGUUUCCGGACAUCGACGGCAAGUCUAACCAUGAUUUUGGAGUUCAAUUACAGCUCAAAACCGAGGAACAAGAAGAGAAACCAAACAAUCUGCCGCAAAUGGAAGAGAAAGAGGAAAACGGAAACGAAGAGAAAGAGGAAGAGUUUUCGUUUGUUUGUUUAAAUCCUGAUGGAUCCCCAAUUUCUGCAGACGACGUUUUCCAAAACGGUCAGAUCCGUCCCGUUUUCCCGUUAUUUAACCAAGAUCUCCUCUUUGCCGAUGAUGAUAGCUCUGUUUUCAAGUCGGAAGACAGCAACGUGUCUCUACGGCCUCCGUUGAGGAAGCUUUUCGUGGAAGAUUCACAGGACACGACGUCGUCGAGCUCGCCGGAAACAGCGGGACCGUACUGCGAGUGGGGGAGAAGUAGAAGAACCGCAGAGGAAACCUCACCGGACACGUGUAAGAAGAGCAACUCCACAGGGUUCUCUAAGCUUUGGAGGUUCCGAGAUUUGUUGCAAAGAAGUAGCAGCGACGGUAAAGACGCGUUCGUCUUCUUAAGCCAUCCGACUUCUUCCUCUGCUUCGUUGGUAAAAACUGAGAAGAAAAACGAAAAAGACGAGAAGAACGUGGCGAAGGUGGAAGAAAGCGGGGAGAAACCAAAGGUGCAGAAAGAAAAGAGAGGUAAAACGGCGUCCUUGUCUGCUCACGAAAAGCUUUACGUUAAAAACAGAGCCAUGAGGGAAGAGGAUAAACGUCGGUCGUAUUUGCCGUAUAGGCAGGUCGGGUUUUUUACUAACGUCAAUGGGCUGAGCAGAAAUGUUCUUCCAUUUUAGGUUUUCUACUAAUUUUUCAAUUUAAUUAAUUUUAUUUGUUAUUGUAAAUUGAGCGAGUUCACUGAGUGAGAACAAUAUUUGCUAGGUGGCAACGUAAAUCAAGAUUUGUUUUCCUUUUU